AAUCCAGCCUGGAGCAGGAGCGGGAAAAUUUGGGAAUGCAGCUGCGGAAUCUGCGUCGGGAGCUGGAGGAGAGCGCAGAGGAGACGGAGCAGUGGCGGGAAAUGUUCCAGAAAAACAAGGAAGAGCUCCGGAAUUCCAAGCAGGAGCUGCUGCAGGCGCGGCUGGAGCGGGAGGAGCUGGAGGAGGAGAUCCGGGAGCUCCGGGAGCGACUCCAGGCGGCGCGGGAGGAUCGGGAUCGAGCCCGGAGCGACCCCCAGGAGCUGGGAAAGCUCCGGAAGGAGCUCGAGCAGGCCCGGAAGGAUCUGGAAAAGCUCCGGGGGGAGCGAGAUGAGGCUGCUCAGGCCCAGAUUUCCCUGGAAUCAGCACUGGAGGUGUCGGAGGAGGCGCGGAAACUUCUGGAAUCGCAGCUGGAGGAAUCCAAGGAACAGCAGAAGAACGAGGAACAGCUCCGGGAGAAAGUGGCCGAAUUGGAGCUGGAGCAGAUGACAGCAGAAUCCCAGAGCUCCCUCGCCUCGCUCCGAUCCCAGCUGGAAGAAUUCCAGGAAAAAUCCCGCCGGGAACUCACGGAUUCCCAAAAAAUCGCCCAAGACCGCGAGGCAGAGGCAGAAAAAUUCCAACAGAACCUUGGGAAGCUCCAGGACGAGGUUUCCCGGCUGAAGGAGACGAUCCAGGAGAACCGGGAGGAGAAGGAUCGGAUCCUGCUGGACAAGGAGCUGCUGCUCCAGAAGCUCCAGGAGCUGGAGCAGGAGCUGGAAAAUCGGAAGCGAUCCCAGGAAGAGCGAGCCCGGCAUUCCAAGGCACUGGAGGAAAAAUCCAAACGUUUGGAAUUGGAGCUGGACGAGGAGCGGAGCUCGGUGGAGCUGCUGAGCGAGAGGGUGACCCGGAGCCGGGACCAGAUCGAGCAGCUGCGGGCGGAGCUGCUCCAGGAACGUUCGAGCCGCCAGGACCUGGAAUGUGACAAAUCCUCCCUGGAGCGCCAGAACAAGGAGCUGAAGAACCGGCUGGCAGCUUCCGAGGGGCAGCAGCGACCCGGGAACAGCCGGAAUUCCCAGCUGGAAUCGCAGCUGGAAGAGCUCCGGGAGCAGCUCCAGGCCGAGGAGAGGGAGAAGAGCGUCCUGCUCUCGUCCAACCGGAAGCUGGAGCGGAAAAUCAAGGAAUUGUCACUGCAGCUGGACGAGGAGCGGCAGAACAGCAGCAGCCACAGGGACCAGCUGAGCCUGCGGGUGAAGGCCCUGAAGCGCCAGGUGGACGAAUCCGAGGAGGAAAUCGAGCGCUUGGAAAACGCCCGGAAAAAAUCCCAGCGGGAGCUGGAGGAGCAGCAGGAGCUCAACGAGCAGCUCCAGCGGCGCCUGAAAUCCAUGGAAAAGGAGGCCUGGCGCCGCGCCGUGGACUCGGCGCUGCAGGACGAGCGGCUGAGCUCGGAUGAGGAGUUCGGAUCCGCGGCCAUCGCCUCCCUCCUGAGCGAGGCCAACCUGCAGGCCAGCUCCUGCUGAGGCCGGGAAUGCCGGGAAUGCCGGGAAUGCCGUCGUCAUCGUUGCCGUCAUCGUCAUCGUCAUCACCGUCUUCGUCGUCACCGGGAUUGGUUCCGGGAUUGGUUCCGGGAUUGGUUCCAACCUGGGAUCAGCCCCCUCCCGCUGAUUCCUGGGAAUUCCGGAGCUGGGAUCGAGUCUGGGAUCAGCCCCAGAAUUCCAGCCGGGAUCAGCCCCAGAAUUCCAGCUGGGAUCAGCCUGAGAAUUCCAGCCGGGAUCAGCCCCAGAAUUCCAGCCGGGAUCAGCCCCAGAAUUCCAGCUGGGAUCAGCUCCACAAUUCCAGCCGGGAUCAGCCCCAGAAUUCCAGCUGGGAUCCGCCCCAGAAUUCCAGCCGGG